GUUGGAUGCCACGUGUACUCACCGUCUUUUACUCUUACGCCUUCUCACCGAUGAACCCAACGUCAACUCCAAAACCCUAAAUUCAAAUCCCAAAUCUUCUCCAACUCCACUAUCCAAUUUCGAUCAAUCCGGUAAUGCUCUCCUCCAAGUCAUCCAAAUGGCUCCACCGCCUCCGCUCCUCCAGAGGCUUUCCGGAUUCCGAUCACAUUAACCUGGAGCACUUCCUCUCUAAUUCGCUCCACAAAAUUGAUCCCCAAACGUCUACGGAUUCUGCUCCUCUGGAUAAAAGACCCCGUCUUGAGAAACGUGAUGAUGGUGAAGCCAUCCAAGGGCGUGAUAUAAUAAACAAUGUACUGUCGGAGCUGUUUCAAAUGGGAGAAUUUCAGGAUUCGUCGAGAAUCAAGAGGAAAAAGAAUUGUAGGAAACAACAGUGCCCUAGAAUCUGUGUUCUUUCGACAAAUUCGGAUGCUCAAGACGUCCCUGUUCAAAAGGACAAGGAUUCUUCGCCGUUGUUGCCAUUGACUCUCACCAAUAGACGUAAAGUAAAGGAGCUCAAUCAAGAGUUGAAGGUUACGGAGCGUGUAGAAGAGGAGGAGGAGAAAGGUUAUUGGGAUCUUUCGGCUUAUUCGCAAACAGAGGUUACGGUUAUCGAUACUAGUGUUCCAUCUUGGAAGUUUGAGAAGAUGUUGUAUAGGAGAAAGAAUGUUUGGAAGGUUGGGGAUAAGAAAGGCAAGGGAUUAAUGAGCGGUGAUAGAAAGAAGAGAAAGGAACUUAUGAAUGAGAAUGGUGAUGUAGAGAAGAAGAAAUUGAAGCAUUGUAGUUCUUCAUCCAAGUCGGGAGAUGUAGAAGAGGGCGGGUUGAAGAAGAAGAAAAAGAAGAGGUUGAAGGCUUGCAAUUCAUCCAAGUAUGUCGAGAACGAUGAAGCUAUAGUUCGAUCAAAAUCCACUCAGGGACAUGAACAGUGCAAGACGUUGGUAGCAGUGCAUGACAAGAAGCAGGAUAAUUGUAGCCAAGUACAAGAAAAGAGUUCUUCCCUCAAGAAACAAAUAGAUGGAGGGUCUUCUGUGAUUAUUAUUAAAAGCAUUCCGACAACAAAUAAAAAGGAUAUUUCAGGCAUUUCAAAGAGCUGUGUGAAAUCUACGCAGAAAUAGUAAAAGGGUUUGAUAGAUAUGGUAUUUGGAAGAUCUGGGUGGUGGAGGAGCUUGAGAUAAAGACACAUCUUGGUUAAUGGCAUGGGCAGAAGCAGAAGUUGGGUUGAAUUGCUUUCAAAUGAAAUCUAACUUCAAGGGGAAGGUAAUCUUGUGAUGCCAGCCGGCUGCCAUAAAGCAAACAAGUUCCGAACCUUUUUAUCUUCUGGUUUGAAUAUUUUUCUGAAGAAAGGUGUCCAAUAUGCCAAAUCUGUCGCUGGCUUGCUUCGCAAUUUAUAGCAGAGGGUAGCCCCCCUUUUUAGUAGACUCCCAAUUUUAUCUUAGACAUGCAUGCUUGCCUUAUUUACAUUGUUGCUACUUCUUUUUGCUUCUUCGAGCCGGACCUAGGAAACCUUUAUAUAACGUAUGG